CUCUGGCCCUGGGUCCCCUCCCCUUCCCCGGCCUCCCCUCCGGCUUGGGCGGCCAGUGGCGGGGCGGGUUCCCGGAGGGAGGGAGGCGAGAAAGAACGUGGGUCCCGCGGUGCAGCCGAGUGUCUGCCUCCGGCACCGCAAGUCAUAAACGGGCGUCCUGCGGCCUUGGGCGCCAAUUAGCGAACUGCGCCCCGAACCUUCCAGAAAGCCCGACUGGGCGCGGACGGCCCCGACUCACAGCGUGGGAGGGGGAGGCCAGUGAGGACUCGGACCUAGAGCGCCUGUCCCCCGAGUGCCAGCGCCGGCUUCUCCAGCUCCGCAAGUAGAUGUCCACCCUCUGUCAGAAGGAAACCAGGACACCUGCCACCUGUCUGGGAUCAGGCUCCGCACAGGGCCUGCACACUAGCAAUGGGGAUGAUGUGGAAAGAGAAUGCUCCAGAAAACCAGACCAGAAGCCACUGAAGCGCUAUAGAGUGGGUGAUCCCACCGCCAUGUUCUCCCCUAACAGCCCCCACCUGUCCUCUAGAGGAAGCAUCAUCAAAUGGUUCUGGGAUUCAGCUGAGGAAGGCUACAGGACCUACCACAUGGAUGAGUAUGAUGAGGAUAAGAACCCCAAUGGCAUCAUUAACUUGGGUACCAGUGAGAACAAACUCUGCUUUGACUUGCUGACCAGGCGGCUGAGUCAGAGCGACAUGCUGCGGGUGGAGCCGUCCCUGCUGCAGUACCCUGACUGGAGGGGACGUCCGUUCCUCCGGGAGGAAGUGGCCAGGUUCCUGUCUUUCUACUGCAAGAGCCCUGCACCCCUUAAACCGGAGAACGUGGUCGUUCUGAAUGGCUGUGCCUCUCUCUUCUCUGCUCUGGCCACGGUGCUGUGUGAGGCGGGUGAGGCCUUCCUGAUCCCUGCCCCUUACUACGGAUCCAUCACGCAGCAUGUGUGUCUCUACGGCGGUGUCCGGCUGGUCUGCGUCUAUCUGGACAGUGAGGUCACUGGGCUGGAGACACGUCCCUUCCAGCUCACAGUGGAGAAGCUGGAGAUGGCCUUGCAAGGAGCUAAUUCUGAGGGUGUGAAAGUCAAAGGCCUCAUCCUCAUCAACCCCCACAACCCCCUGGGUGACGUCUACUCCCUGGGGGAGCUGCAGGAGUACCUGGACUUUGCCAAGAGGCAUGAGCUGCACGUGAUAGUGGAUGAGAUCUACCUGCUUUCGGUGUUUGAGAAGUCGGUUGAGUUCCACAGUGUCCUGAGCCUGGAAAGGCUCCCUGACUCCCAGAGGACUCAUGUGAUGUGGGCGGCCAGCAAGGACUUCGGGAUGUCUGGGAUCCGCUUCGGCACGCUGUACACAGAAAACCGGGACGUCGCCACUGCGGUGGCCUCCCUCUGCCGCUAUCACAGCCUCAGUGGCUUGGUCCAGUACCAGAUGGCACAGCUGUUCCGGGACCGUGACUGGAUCAACCAAGUGUACCUGCCGGAAAACCACGCCCGGCUCAAGGCUGCCCACACCUAUGUCUCAGAAGAGCUCCGGGCCCUGGGGAUCCCCUUUCUGAGCCGUGGGGCCGGCUUCUUCAUCUGGGCCAACUUGGGGAAGUAUCUGCCCGAGGCCACCUUUGAGCAGGAGAUGCUGCUCUGGCGCCGCUUUUUGGAUAACAAGGUGCUGCUGUCCUUUGGCAAGGCCUUCGAGUGCAAAGAGCCCGGCUGGUUCCGCUUGGUCUUCUCCGACAGGAUGCACCGGCUUCGCCUGGGGAUGCAGAGGGUCCGGCAGGUGCUUGAGGGCGAAUCCCAGGUGGCAGCAGACGCCCCUUCCUGCCAGACCCAAGAGCCGAGGGGGCCUCGCAGCCACUGUGAAGACUGAUGGUGGAGGAGCCCUUUGCCAGGCAGGUACCCUUCUUGGCCCUGCCCUUGAAGACAAAGGACCGCUCCUUGCUCUCCUGGUGGCAGUGAGACACGCCUGAGGUUAUGGUUCCAUCUGGUCCACCCCCCCUCCCCUUCUAUUAAACAAAACUGGGAGAAA